ACCGUUCGCCUGUUGCCCGUAAGGGCAGGCGGAAAUGAACGCUUUUGUCUGAUGGCGCUUGUUGUACGGAGGCGUCGGGAAGUGCCACUCCUGAUCUUAAAUUUUCGAGUAGGGCAGGGGCGAGAACAAUCUAGGACCUCUGUCAAAGCUGGCUUCUCGGACAACAGGCCUGUUAUUUAUUUUAUUUUAAUGUCAUGCGGUAUGGAUCAGGUCCUUGAACGUCAGCUGGCCAUUUUGGAUGAGGGCAUUGGUGGGUUUGAGAAAGAGGACGCUGCCGGAAACGCAUGCGCAAAAACUUCAUCUGUCAAGGGGGAGCGCUAAAAAGACCGAGUAGUUUUUCUUUGCUGGAAAAGAGCGUUGGUACCGAGAGAAAUUGGUUUCCUUGCUUUGAGUCUGCCUUGAGAUAUGAUGGCAAAGAAGUGGACCAAUGGACAUUCUUCUUCAAUACUAAGUUUAAAUGUGAGCAAAGAUGGUCUGCUGGCUUCAGGAGCAGAAGGAGGGGAGCUCACAAUUUGGAAUGCUGAAGGAAAUCCAUUAGAAUGUGUACAACUUCAAAAAGCAGAUGAUGUCACUAGCGUUAUAUUUUCUCCCACUUGUUCUAGACUCUAUGCUUCUCAUGGGGAGAUUAUUAGCAUGCUGGAUACCAGAUGUCUCAAGGAGCCAGUUGAAUGUUUCCAUGUAAAUGAGGAAGAGAUCAAUUGUCUUUCAGUUAAUGAAACAGACAGCUUCUUGGCUGCUGCAGAUGAUUCUGGAGCAAUAAAGAUAAUUGACUUACAAAACAAGAAGUUGAGUCGCUGCCUGCAGCGACAUUCAAAUAUUUGUGCAUCUACUGUGUUUCGACCCCAGAGACCUCAAAGCCUUCUUUCAUGUGGUCUGGAUAUGAAGAUUAUGAUGUGGAACUUGCAAAAAACUCGCCCACAGUGGAUUGUGAACUUGCAAGAAGAAGAAGCAGUUGAGCAAGAGAUUGGCCAACUCUUUAACCCACCAUUGGUCCAUUCAUUGUCUGUUUCUACUUGUGGCAAUGUCUUUGGCUGUGGAGCUGAAGAUGGUAAAAUCAGAAUCUUUCGGGUAACAGGUGCCAGGUUUGAACAGGAGAUGGCAUUUAAAGGUCACUCAUUAGGAGUGUCACAGAUUUUAUUUAUGCCAGAAAUGUACUGGUUCAUUACAGGGGGAAAUGAUGGCAGAGUAUUGUUGUGGGAUGUUAGCAAUGAAAUUGGAAAACUGAAAAGUCCAAACAAGUCAAUUCACAAAAAGAAAAAUGCCACCAAGAAAGUUGACAGAAUGAACCCAGAGCACACAAAUGAAUUCAUAUCCAUUUUACCCAAACUGACCAUUGAACAUGGAGAGAAAGUGAACUGGGUUUCAUAUGUGUCAAUUAAUGGUUCUAAGAGAAUAUUGGUUGCUGAUCAAAGUAGCGAUAUAUCCAUGUAUCCUAUUUCUUGAACCUAGGAAAGCAAUUAAUAUCUGGUAUUUUGGAUCUCCUAAUUUUAUGAUGCAUUAUCCCUACUACAAUAAAUAAGCGAAUUGUGGUUCUUCUGUGUACUACUAAAAAUAAUUAUUUUGGAAGUUUACACUUAGUUUACUCACACACAGUUUACACUUAGUUUAUCAUAUCACUGUUGGGAUAACUAACUGGUACGAUCUUACUGGUGAGCUUGCAAUAAAAUGUUAUCGUGUAUAUGUGAACAGAGAACUGGGUUUUAAAAUGAGGGAAAACUGGAGACUGUCUAUUUAAACAUAUGUUCUUAUAAAUUCUACUGGCAGAAAUAGAUUUUUAAGUUACUUGUACUUAUGGUUAAGAAAUAAAAACUGAGAUGAUAAAUGGCUUGAAGGACCUGAACUAGUUCUCCAAACCUCUCCUCUCAGUGUUUCAGAGGAUCAGCAGCAGAUUCAGACAAUAAUGGAUUGUUCGGUCCAGAGUGAAGCUCCUGCUACAGUAUGCAUGGAACCUGGCCCUUUUAAAUGGUUGACAAGGUGUUUUUAUCAGAAAGUCCAGUAUGUGGGAUCUGACAUUUGCUCUGCUAUACUGAUGGCUGAUAUCAGGUCUAUUCAAGAUCAUUAAUGCUCAAUUUUACACCUCUGGCAUAUAUGGGGAACUAUUAUUGUUUGAAGAAAAAAAAUGAGUUUAUUUUAAUUUUUUCUUAUAUAAUUUUCAAACUAUAUUUAAGUUAAAAGAAUUCAAUUCAUCAAUUGCCUGCUGUUGCCCGAAUGUUUUGUGUUUGGUUUCAUUUUGUAAACGUACUACAUUAUAUGCCAGCAUUCUGGUUCUUUACUGAACUAGUUUUUCAUGUCUUUGAAUGUAUAGUACUUUGAUGCCAGUUGGACUGAAGCUCACAGUUUUUAGAUCUGUGGAGAGUUUUUACAUGUGUCAUCUUUUGGCUCAAGGUACUGUAUAUUCUAGACAAGGUCUUUUCUCUACAUCUUGAUUUCUAAACAGUGAUCUUAAAAAUUAUACAGCAAAUAUAAGGUUCUUCUAAAAACUGUACUGGUACUUUUCUCAGUUUAUUCCCAUAUUUAGUUGGCAUUCUCAAAAUCAGAAUGGUUGUGUUAGAGACUUCUGGCUUGCUACAAUGCUACAAUGCUUAUUUAUUUAUUAUUUAUUAAACUAGUAUGCCACCUGAC